AUGGCCGAGGAGGGUGAAUGGUCGGCGAAUGCCAAUGACGCCCUGAACAUCGGCCUCGUCAGGCCGACCGAUGCGGGCCUCAAAGCGAUCGCCACGUUCAAUCCGAGAUUCACAUAUCCCAUCUUCGGUAAUGAGGAGCAGAUCUUUGGCUACAAGGGUCUCAAGAUCAACCUUCGCUACUCCGCCAACGACAUGCGCCCUCACGUCCAGAUCACGUCGAAAGAGAAAUUCAAGGCUAUAGGCGACACAGAGCCAACGGACAUCAGGGCUGUUCUGCAGGAGCAUCUGCCCACAAUUGCCUUCUCCAGUGUCAAGGAUUUCGAGGCCAGUGUGCAGAAGACUACGAAAGAAUGGAAGCCACCUGGAGAGCUGCACACGAGCUUCGAGACCCAGGAUGGAACAUACGAGAUCCGCAAAGGCAGCCUUACGGAUCCUGCCAUUCAUCAGCUGAUCACCCGAGUCGAGAUUUUCGUACCACUCUUCAUCGAGGGUGGCUCCUAUAUUGCCCGGGAUCCCCAGGCGGCAGACCCGUGGAAGGUACCGGAGGACGCCGCCCGAUGGACCGUCUUCCUGCUUUACAGGAAACAACCUGUCGCCGAUGAUGCAGCUCAGUCACCGUACACCUUUGUGGGAUACUCCACCAUAUACCGAUUCUUCUACUUCCAGGCGCCCUCACCUCCGGCGUCUCCUGCGGCCGACUGGGAGCUUCCCAAGGGCGAUUUUGAGAUCACUAAUCUCCCCUGCCGAACUCGUCUGUCGCAGUUCGUCAUCCUGCCGCCCUUCCAGGGCAAGGGUAUUGGCGCCAGACUCUACAAGAGCAUAUUCGAGCACUACCUUGCCAACCCCCUGGCCAUGGAGCUCACUGUCGAGGACCCCAAUGAGGCUUUCGAUGACAUGCGAGACCUUUCGGACCUCACUUAUCUGAAAACCGUUCCCGAAUUCGCCCAGGUCCGCAUCAACACUGACAUCAACGUGCCCGACGACUCGUCCAAGGCGGUGCCUCGCGACAUUGUCGACUCGGACCUUCUCGACAAGUUGCGCCGCAAAACCAAGAUCGCCCCGAGGCAAUUUGCCCGGUUGGUCGAAAUGCAUACCAUGUCACAACUCCCUGCAUCCGUGCAGCCCAGCUUUGGUGUCGAUAAGAAAGCCAAGCCAACGCGAGCCGAGGCACACCAGUAUCGCCUCUGGCGCAUGUUUGCCAAGCAGCGCGUUUAUCGUCAGAACAAAGAUAUCCUCGGCCAGAUCGACCUUCCCGAGCGUCGCGAAAAGCUGAACGAGGCCCUGGGCAGUGUUGAGCUGGAGUACGCGCGCCUUCUGGCGGCGCAUGAAAGGUGGGAGAAGCACUAUGGCCAGAACUCUUCAAACGGGAAGAGGAAAUCAGUGGACGAGGCAGUGGGCCAAGGGUUGAGCAAAAAAGCUCGUGUGGAGGAUGCCUAG